UGGCGCCAAUGACUCUCCGCUUUAGUUCUCAUAAACACCGCAGCUGUUUUAACGUGAGGUGCAUCUCUCUCAAUUUACUGACUUCUUUUGAACGGAUAUUCACAAUUAUUAUCGCAAGCACACCAAUAAUGGCGACACGACGGGUGAAACGUGAAGCGGUUGUUGAGGAAAUGACUCCUGUGAAUCUGGAGGAAACAAGCCGACGGUCAUCUCGGACAGCUCUGGCACCUAAACGCCUCCAAUACUCUCCUGGAGACAGCACAGCUAAAACAGCCCAGAAGAAAAGGAAAACAAAAACCCUCGUCGAGGAAGUCGGUCAGAAUGAAAGACUAACUAAGGAUGAGGAGGAUGUUGAAAACAGUGAUGUGGACCUUGCAUCUGAUGGACAUGGAGGACUUUCUGCCUAUGAACUGGAGCGGCUGGAGAACAUCAGACAGAACCAAGCAUUUCUCUCCUCCAUCAACCUUUUUCAAGCAACUGAGGAGUUCAAGCAGCUGACAAAACCAAAGGCAUCACAGAGGGGUCUCAUGAGGUCACAAGCUGCUGUGAAACAAGUGCUGCCACCUCGCAAAUCUUUGCGUCUCCAAAAUAAAGAGGCAGAAGUCUUGACACUUCCUGCUGAACCCAGAGGAACACUUAUCUUUGAAGAGACUACUCGAAUCAAGAAGCCCCCAGGCCCUCUGUCCAUGGAACCAAUUAACAUGGAAGGAAACAAGCUGCCUUCACAACUUCUUAAGCUCUGCUCUGAGGACUCAACAGAAGACAGAAAAAACAAGCUUGAUCUCAAAGAGUACCGCUCUGCACUUAAGAAAAUGCAGAUAACGGAGGACAAAGUAGCCAAAGUGGUGAAGGAUCGCAUCUUCUCUGCAGCCUUCCACCCGUGCACCAGCAGCCUGUUGAUGGCCACAGGAGACAAGUGGGGGAAAGUGGGUCUCUGGAAGCUGGGCAGUGAUUGGGGUGAUGAUGGAGUGCUGCUCUUUGAGCCCCACACUCGUCCGGUAGGCUGCAUGGCGUUCUCCAGUGCUCAUCCCACCCAGCUGCUGAGCCUCAGCUAUGACGGAUCUCUGCGCUGCAUGGAUAUAGAGAGGGCUGUUUUUGACGAUGUGUAUGAUAUUGAAGAUGGCCUGAAAACCUUUGACUUCAUGUCACAUGACUGUUCGACACUAGUGGUUGGGAACUGGUAUGGAGAAGUUGCAAUCGUUGAUAGGCGCAGCCCAGGAAACUCCCAUGAGUCCCUCCAUACGGUGGACGCAAAGGCUGUGCGCUGUGUUAGUGUCCACCCUUUACAGAAGCAGUACUUUGCAGUGGCAGAAAGCAAGGUAGUGAGUAUUUAUGACAGCCGGUGCCUGAAGAAGACAAAAAGCCAGGCAGUCUCCCAGCUACUUGGCCACUCUUUAAGCAUAUCCAGCGCUUAUUUCUCCCCUUGUACCGGGAACAGAGUUCUCACCUCCUGUAUGGAUAACUACAUAAGGGUAUAUGACACAUCUGCAAUGACUACUAAAUCUCCCUUGCUGACACUCAUCAGACAUGACAUGCACACAGGCCGCUGGUUGACCAAACUCUCAGCAGUCUGGGACCCCAAACAGGAAGACUGCUUUGUGGUAGGGAGCAUGAUGAGGCCCCGGAGGGUUCAGGUGUUCCAUGAAAGCGGCCAACUUGAGCAUACCUUCAUGGACAACGAGAACCUUAGCACAGUGCUGUCCGUCACUGCUUUCCACCCCACAAGGAACGCCUUGCUGGGCGGCAAUGCAUCUGGACGCCUGCACGUCUUUUCCAGCUAAACUAGACCAAAGAACUACAGACUCUUCACAACCUGCUCAAACUCUUGGUACAGGACCUCACCACACGGGUCAAGAAGGUUUCUGUCUCAUUUCUACUCUGAAGCUCACCUUCUCCUGCUCAAACUACUGACAAAUGUUUCUGCUGCUCUAAAGUCUGGUCUCCAGAACUUCCUAAAAACUCUCAAAGUCUCUUCUGCUGCAGGUUGCUUUGUAGAACUGUUCCAGAAAACCUCACUAAACCACAUGGAGGGGCCUCAAGAUAGUCGUCCAAAUGAAACCGUACAAAAACCAAACUAGCACAACCCAAACACUAAAGUCUCCUGCAGCCUACCAGAGAACCUCUGAGAACAGAGAAUCAGGACAGGAACUCUUACCUUCUGGACAACCAACAUUGGUUCACAAACAAGAAUACAGAACGUGUCUGACCAAAAACCUCUGAAGACUCACUACAGCCAAGACAAAGACACAACUCAGCUGCACCAAAUCCACUAAUCACUGCACACAUUAGCACCAUGUGCUAACUGUGGCUAAAGAAUCACCUUUACCAAGACAACUAUCCAGUACAAAGCCCUAAAGCACACCAAGAAAUACAUUACAGACGAUUUUACUGCUGGAAGCUGCAAGCCAACACCUAAAGAACAAAUUAAAGCAACGGAACCAAACCCAGUUCAGGUGAAGAGAAACAGGGGAAAUGUUUGUCUGCAGCUAAAUAAAGCAGGAAGACACUGAGCUGCUCAGGUGUUCCUGAUAACACUGAGCUGCUCAGGUGUUCCUAAUAACACCAAGCAGCCACCUGGACAGCCAAUAGGAACACAGCUUACUGGAAGUCCAGAGGGCUGGCUUAGUGAAGGAAAUUUAGUUUAAAGUUGAGGCAGAAAGUUAACAAAGAAAGUUGAAAACCACCUUCUGAUAACUGAAAUCUCUGAGUUUUCACACAAAGAACACCUGAACAUGUCAAACUGGUUCCAUAGUAGAACCCUCAUUGUAAAGACAUCAUAGUAUGGUGUGUUGCUCAAAAAACAUUAGGACCCGGCUGUCAGGAGACCAACAUGUAAGAAACAUGAGAACAGAGAGAACCCAACCAGUAGAUCACAGUUUAUCAUCCCCCAGUCAUCUCCUGAAGUCCAUAUGGUGAGAGACAUCAGUAUCUGGUUGUUAAUUUACCAGAGGAUGCUUAUAAUCAUGCUGAUGUGGUCUGUACUCUACAGUAUUUUAGUGACUCAAUAAAUGCCUAAGUUGUUUUUUUUUAAAUGCUUUUUAGUUUUUAACAAACAUUUAAUAGCCUAUAUGUAAUCAAUAAAUGGCCUUUGCCUAUCUUAAGAAAAACUCACUCAGAUAUCACUCUGAUGUGUUAACAGUACUUAUCGUGAGGCGGCUGUGGCUCAGGUGGUAGAGCGGGUCGUCCAAUGAUCGAAGGAUCGGCGGAUCGAUUCCCGCUCUGUCCUAGUCACGUGCUGUUGUGUCCCUGGGCAAGACACUUUACCCACCGUGCCUCCAGUGCUGCUACUCACACUGGAGUAUGAAUGUGGGUGGUGGGCGGAGGGGCCAUAGGCGUUGAUUGGCAGCCACGCUUCCGUCAGUCUUCCCCAGGGCAGCUGUGGCUACAAAUGUAGUUUACCACCACUGUGUGAGUGUGAAGCGCUUUGAGUGCCUUGAGAAGUGCUAUAUAAAUCUAAUCCAUUAUUAUUAUUAUUAUUAUUAUUACUAAAUAAAUCAAUAAAUACAUGCAUACACACAAAAAUUAACUGUGUUAAGAUAAGAUUUAGAUUAAAAAAAAAAAAGUUGUUUAUGUUUUUGCAGAAUCCAGUAUUGCUCACUGGUUGGUCAUUACAUUUUGUUAGUUUGAUUUCACUGUUUAAAAUGAUGCCACCUCUUUUCAGACAGAACCUGUGAUAAUAAAACAACACAAAAUUUUUAGUUCCGUGUUAAUAAAGCACUUAAAGCUGUAAGUAUGGCUAAAUGCUUUUUUCAGAAUUAAAUAUAUCACUCCUUAGGUGGUAGUGGCCCCAAAUUCAGUAAUGUUGGAAAGAUAUCCACAGAUUCGGGCUUCCAGCAUCAAUAACUCAUUAGAUAUAGGUUGUCAAAACAUAAACGGUGCCUCUUUCCCAUUGUUGCAAGGCAGACAAUGUGCUACAAGCCCAGUUUUAUCAAAAGUAGCUGUCUUUCAAGCUACAGGAAUAACAUUGGUGUCUAUGGAGUGAACAGGGUCCGUCUGCAAUUUGCAAAACCACUGCAACAGUAAAGAGAGACAAAUAUUCAAUAACUUCACUCUUAUACAUUGUAGUGUCACUAAAAUCACUGCAGCCUUCAACUGGCUCCUGUUGACAAAGUGUUUUAACAGAAAUGUAAAUGCUGUAAUUUGAUUCUUUUAAUGAACCAUGUAACUUGAAUGGAUGUGAUGCUGGUGUGACCACAGUGCACACGUCUGAUGUUGCUCACAGUGGUCCAAGGGACGCUCAGGGAGUUUGUGUGUUUGCUCAGACUCAGGAAAAAUUACAGGGAACAUUGCUCAUGAGACACGAAAAAUGGCAUUAUUAAAGCCAACCUCAGGAGGGACCUAUGGGCUACCACUCAAGUUGCUUGCCGACGCCGAUGUAAUGAUGGAAAAAACAGCUGUAUCGUUUUGCAAUGAUAAGUUGACAAAUGUGGUUGGCACAGUGUUGCAUUACCAAUACUUCUAUGUAUGAACAGUUUGUGAUACUUGACUGCUUGCGAUCAGCCUCGUAGUGAAUUACACUAUACUUCAGAGAGAGGAAAUAAGAUGCCAGAAAAUUCAGGACAUUCUUAUUAGGUCCACUAGUCACUGAUGUAAAUCGGAGUAUAUAAAACAUGUCCCUUAAAGCCCUUAAUAGAGGAGGUCUGAGAGAAAUUAUGUUCAUCAGUUCAUCAUUAAUUAGUUCUGAAGCUAAAAUUCCCUCAGUCUCUUUCAAGCCUUGCAUGGAUUGCUGCCAGAAUAUUCAGGUUUUCACUGCUCUGUUGAACUGUGAUGACAUUUCUGAGUGUAAUACAAACAAAAGGGAAGUCUGAUCUGUUUUUGAUGAUGAGCUUUCCUCAAACUGUGCUAACUGAGCCCUUCCUCCCAUCAUGCAGUCAUGUCUGAAUGAAAUACUUAGAAGUGGCAAAUGCAACUCUAAAUAAACAUGAAACAAAAACACA